UACGUCUCGAGCUUCCGCCGACGGCCGCUUCGUCUUCUCGUCACGGUGUUCAUAUCGCGAAGGUUUGCUUCCUUUUCGAUAUUCGGUGUCUUCAAGUUAUCAUUUUGUAUACGUUGUGAAUUUGUGCUGUGCUUGAGGUAUUGAUAAUACUUUGGUCAAAUCGACAAUGAGGAGAUUUCAGUGGAGACCGGCAUCACAAUGAUGGUCGGAAUCAAAGAGAUGUGUGGCGAGGACCUGAAACGGCACCAAGGGGAACUAAAAUUAGUGGACCAACCCCGUUUAAGUGGGUUGUGCGACGGUGGCAUACCUUCAAUGAAUUCAAUAGGGACGAAUUCGAAUGAUGGGGACAAACCAUCGAAGCAAAAAAGGCACCGGACCAGGUUUACGCCGGCCCAACUCAACGAAUUGGAACGGUGCUUCUCGAAGACCCACUAUCCUGAUAUCUUUAUGAGGGAGGAAAUCGCCAUGCGAAUCGGACUGACCGAGUCUAGAGUACAGGUGUGGUUUCAAAAUAGACGGGCGAAAUGGAAGAAACGUAAGAAGACAACGAAUGUUUUUAGAACACCUGGUGCCCUUUUACCUUCGCACGGCCUUCCUCCUUUUGGAGCUAUGGGAGAUGGUUUGUGCGGCACUAGUAUGUUCAGUACGACGGAAUCUAGAUGGGGAGUUGCGGGAAUGGCUUCAGGAUUAGGACAAUUAGGACAAGGAGGUGUGUCAAUGAGUGGAUUCGGUCAGGGUCUAGGACAAUUAAACCAAAGUUCGGGGUUAAGCCCUGCAUUACCUAUCAGCACAGCGGCCGCCAGUACAGUUUACCAAGCACAUUACGGUCUCAAUUCGUUAGGUGACACCAUGAUGACGUACUGCAACAAUGCGGGUGGUGGUGGUGCGGGUGGAGGUGGAGGUCAGGUGGGGGCAUCAUCGCCGCCUCCUCAGAUCCCCUGUUCGAAUGCCGCCACCCCUCCGGUGGUGGUGGGGGCGGCUGGUGGAUCGCCCAAUGACGACGAUGGAGACAUGUGGAGGGGGCACAGCAUAGCGGCGCUUCGGCGGCGGGCCUCCGAACUAAACGCCGCCAUUCCUUCGUACCUACAGAUCAACUACGACACGCACAAUAACGCCUCCGUUUACUGAGCGCCCCCCAGUAGAGGUCGCGCGCUUCGGUGGGCGGCGUCGCAACGCCAAGGAGGACACAUCCGCGUCGUCUCUUAUUCGGCUCGUUUUUAUCCGUUUUCUUUGUUUUUAGUAACUUUUCGCUUGUAUCCCACCCACCCCCGAACUCCCUCUUCCCCCUUUCGGAUGAUGAUUCUUUUUUGUUUUGUUAUUUUCUAUUUGUUUCGUCGGUCGUUUGUUGUCUGUCUUUGCGAGUUUGAGAUUUUGUUUUGUAUUUGGCCGUCGCGCUUUUUUCAUUUUCAUGAUCGGGGGGAGGGGGAGUGAUGAGCGCAAUUGGAAAAUCGGGGAGAAGUGGCUUCUUGAGAUUUAAAAAGGAAAUAAAAGUUGAAGACGGAGUUAUUGAUAAAGAUGUUUCAACAAAAAGUAAUCAAUUAAUUUUUGAUAUAGAAUUUUCCAAAUGUGCGCAUUAAAUUAAAUGUUUUGUUCUAAUGAAAUUGCGAGAUUCCCUUUAAUGUAAAUAAUGUGUGUAGAUUAGGAAUAACGUUAAUUUCUAGUGCUCUAGAAUUUUUAAAUAAAAAUAAUAAAACUUCGUACAAGGUUUUCUCACAAAGUAUACGGUCGAACUGUAAAAAAGGUAUACCAGUUAAAUCUUCAACACAAUCUACGAUAAUGUUUACGGUCGCAAUUGACUGAUGUAUAAUUAUUAUAACUGGAUUAUAUGAUAUAUAAAAAAAAUAAUGAUACAAAAGAAAACGGUAUACGAUGUCGUGUAAUUAUUGUACAAAGAUACAUAAGUAAUUUAAUUAAACCAGAAAAAGAAAUUAAUUAAUUAUAGUUUAUGGUACCGUACUCGUGUGAUCGUCGGAUUAUUGUAAAAUUUCUUUGUGUGAACAUUAUAAAGACACUUCUAUAAAGUUGAUCCUGCGUGUUUUAGUGUAUAAAGAAGUUGUGUCGGGACGAAGAUGCAAAGAUAUAUGAUGAAGUAACGAAUGGUGUAGAUGCGAAUUAAAAAAGAAGUUUAUACUCGUUUCGUGUGCUACAACAAAAGUAUACGGUCUAGGUUUACCUCAAAUAAAAUUGAAAAAAAAAAAAUUUUUUUUCAAUGAUGAGACAUAAAUUUCAAGGUUAACCGCUAUUAUUCCGUGAUAGCUAAAGUAAUUCUCUUAAUUGUUACUAAAAUAAUUUAAUCAUGGACUUAGCGGAUAAGUAUAUAUUUAUAAUUUAUUGAUAUUGAGAUGAUGUAAGGGUAACUUUUUCAAGUCGAAUCUUAUUUCGAUUCAAGUCUGUAUUAUAUAAAUAUUACGGAAAUGAAAUGAAUAGUUAUGUUGUAUAUUGUAUAAUUAUGUGUACAAUAAAGGAAAACAUGAUGUAUAGAAGUA